AUGGUCAAAGUACCAUGCCCUGUUACGGUGGAGUUGGAACCCACACAAACAAGUCUUGUUAUUGGGUGUCCGGGUGUCCCUCGGUCGGUUCCUCGAAUCGAAACCAAGCUUUUGAUCAGAUCCAUCAAUGGCCAACCAUUUACCUUAAGAUCGGUGGGCAUCGAAUUGAGAACUACUCAACGAGUAAGCAUACCGUCCACCUUAGGAUCCAACGAAUCCACACAGGAGUACAAGUUGUACGAGGAUCCGUUUGUGUUCAAUCCCACUUUUGGAAACUUCACUGCUGAAAACUUAAUUGGUCUUGACUUGCCGGUGUUGAUAUCUCUCCCCAAAGACAUUAUUUCCAGUGGCUACAACUUGAACUGGAAUGCCAGCACCGUCCAUAACUUGAUUGUGCGAGUUAUGGUGGGAGAGUCUGCCGAAACGGAGACUGGGUUCAUGGAGCUGUUCCCUAUUGCCGUUAAGUUGUAUGACGCGCUCCCCAUAUACCGGCAGUUCACCGAGUCAAUUAAUGAAAGUGUGAUAUCGGGUGACCAGCAGUUGAUAGUCGAGUAUAAGUUGCAAGAGCUGUGUUUGGGUCCAGGAGACUCAUUGAACUUGGCGGUUAAGAUUAUGAAAAACUCAUUGAACUACAAUGUCAGCAGUAAGUUGCGAGUCAAAACCCUAAAUUUCCAGUUAAAAGAAGUGUUGGAAUGCCACGAAGGUGGACUACCACCAUAUAAAGAUAUCACGAUCAUAGAAGACUUGAAGGAUGGCAAGGAACUAAACUUGAACAACGAAAUAUCCUUGAACUACGGGUUUAAGUUACCUACCAACAGCGACUUUCUCUCCAUCUUCGAUAAGAAUGAGUCCAGUUUGCAGAAAUACACCUAUUUCGACAGCUACCAAGACAAUGUCCCUGUGCAUAUCGACAACCAUAUGAACCACAAACAGAAUCAGGUUAAGCUCAUAGAGGGGAUCCCCAUGACCCACUACCAGAACUUCACUACGGUUGGAAAGCUCUUUUCCAUCAGAUACGAGAUUCUUCUCAAGCUCAAACUCGUCCAUGGUAAGGAUUUCACGGUCAGAAUCCCUAUAGUAUUAAGUCCGUACAACAAGACGUCUAGCGAGUAUCUUCUCAACUGGAUCAUCAACCAGUGUAAGAUUUCCAGUGAGAUAUUUGGAAAAACCCUAAUCAACCAGCUAGCACAGUCAUAUAACACCAAGGACUCCACCAGCUCGCUCUCAAGGUUCAAGGCACCUCUUCAAAUCUACAAGUCCAAUAGAAAUGACUGGGUUAAGUUGGGUUUCAGCUUCGACUCGUUCGGAACUCCCCAACCUAUAGGCUCAUAUAUUGACUAA